UUUCUCGGUGUAGCACGUACUGUAUAUACCACUUACUUUUCUCUUCGUUUAAUUGGAAUCCAUACCCAAAAACCUACUAAAGCUGUAACUCUUUCUUUCCUCACCAAGACACAGAAAAAAAUAUCAUGGGACUUCUCUACAUGUUUUGGUUCAUUUUCGUCAUUCUUGGAAAUCUAUUGCGCUUUCAGCUUUCUCAGUCAGCAAAUGUAUUGGUUGAUGGAGUUUCGGAAUGGAAACAUUCAACUGUCCAAAUUGGGGAUACCAUCGUUUUCCAGCAUAAGUAUCAGUACAAUCUCUACAUUUUCCAGAACCAGAAUGCCUUUACUUUAUGCAAUUUCACUGAAGCUACACUUCUUACCAAAUCCAACUCCAAAUCCUACGCAUGGGACCCAUCUAGGCGCGGUAUCUUUUACUUCUCAUUCAACAAUGGUAGUACUAAUGCAGCAUCAUGUUUACAAGGCCAAAAGCUAGCAAUUAAGGUAUCCCUUUCACCUGAACUGUCACCGGCGGCAGCUCCACCAUUUAUAUCUGGCAGCAUUGUGUCAUCUUCUCCCGCUUACACGUGGCCAUUGCCGCCACGAGAAACUGCUUCUCCUGCUAAUAGUCCAAUGGUUCCACAGAAAGGGAGUGAUAUUCCGUUUAUAUACAGUAAUCCAGCAGUUCCUUUGCCCACUGGUGAAGUAGAUUCUGCUACGGUCCACCAUUUGCCCACUUCUGGUCACCAUGUAACACAGGUAUCUGAAAUGCAGGUGGUGAAGUUUGUAGCAAUUCAAAGCUCCUUGUGCUGUGCAAUUUCCUUGAUGCUGUUUUAAAAUUACCAAAUGGGAGAAAAAGUAAGAGAUAUUUGCAAUUCAGUACAAGUAAAAAAUGAAAUUGCACUACUGAGUGGACCAAACGUGCGCCAUGAGCUGUAGGUUUAAAUCUAAAAUAGCUUUAAAGUGGUGGCAAUGAUGAUUAAUAGCACCAUGUUUCGUACUGUAGUAACAGUAUUUUGUGUUAUAUUACUAUCCUUGACCCUACUUUCAAAUCA